CUAUUGCUCAUUCCUUGGUCGACCAGGCUAAAUAUCCAGUGUCCCCUGUUUCCGCCAUUGACGAUUGAUCCAUGGCUCCUUAUAAUAGGGAACGAGCCGGCCUCAUACGAUUCAGCGAGAUGGGGUUGGCCGGUAGAACAAGAGCAACGGCGGCCAUGGAGAUGUCUCCGGCAAUCUGGAGCCGGCUACCAGAACAUCUCCUUGAUCGCAUCCUCGCCCUUCUCCCCCUCCAUUCCCUUCUCUCACUCCGCUCCACCUGCAAGCGCUUCCACUCCCUUCUCCUAUCUCCCUCCUUCCUCUCUCAACUCCACUUGCGUAGGCAGCGCACGACCGCUUACUUCCUCCUCUCCCACCCUCAAUUUUCUCACAGCUUUCUUCCACUUUACGACUCUACUUUCGAUUCAUGGCGCAAGCUUCCCAUCACCAUCACCUCUUCUUCCUCCUACCAGCUUCUUUCAUCUUCUUCCGGCCUCUUAUGCUUCGCUAUAUCGCAACCUUCCUCUUCUCUUCUUGUCUACAAUCUCCUCACUCUAUCCUCAAAGAUCAUCGCCUGUCCCAAUCAGUCGUCCUGUCCUGCGUCCCUGAUUUCCUACCCUUCUCCUUCUCCUCACGGUUACAAGAUCUAUCUCCCCAGGUCCUCAUCCGCCUCUUUCUUUCUAUAUGACUCCGAUUCUGGCUCUUGGACAGGCUUUCCCCUUUUGGAACCCCUGCUCGCCCUCACCAAUUCGCAUCAAGAUCCCGUCCUUUUCAAGGAAUUUCUCUAUUUCAUCACCCCGGAGCCGUUCCGCGUCGUCGGUUUCAAUCUAAACGAAGGGAGGUGGGAAACGGAGGUGACUCCCGAGUUGCCGCAUGAACUAGCGUUCGUCCGGCUGGUGAGCAGCGACGGAGGGAAGAGGCUGUUUCUCGUUGGUGGCGUGGGAAGGGAUGGAAUAUCGAGAAGUUUGAAGGUGUGGGAGAUGGUGGAGGGUGAACAGAGGCGGUGGGAAGAGAUUGGGAGGUUGCCGGAGUUGAUGUGCCGGAAAUUUGUGUCUGUGUGCUAUCAUAAUUACUCGCAUGUAUACUGUAUUUGGAACCAUGGGAUCUUAUGUGUUUGCUGCACGACAUGGCCGGAGGUUUUGUUCUACAAUUUGGGUAGAGGAACUUGGCAUUGGCUCCCUAAGUGUCCGCUACUUCAGGAGAAAUGGAGCUGUGGAUUUCGCUGGUUCUCAUUUGCUCCAGAUCUUUAUGCUAUGGUUUGAAGAAUUUACUUUUCUAUGUGAUUCUUGGUUAGUGCCUGAAAGGUGUUUGUUGAUGAUUUGCCUCUGUCUUUCAUCUUUUCGCUUGCUGCAGUGAUUUAGCUUAAUAACUUUCAGAGUGAAUUCUUAUCUGUAUAUCAGAAUUUCGAAAGCGAUCUAAGAAAUAUUUUUUGGUUGAUACAAUAUUAGUAUAUUUGACGAUCAAUGAACACUUGUUUUCCCACUGUUCCAUAA